AUGACUGCUACAGCUUACCGUAACCCCAUAAUCCCGGGUUUCAAUCCUGACCCGACCAUCUGUAGAGUCGGUGACGACUACUUUCUUGCCACGUCCACCUUCGAGUACUUUCCUGGUGUUCCCAUUUACACAAGCCGCGACCUGGUCAACUGGAAGCUCAUUGGGCAUGCUCUGAACCGCCCCUCACAGCUUGAGAUGCGUUCGGUGGAGGCAGGUGGUGGCAUCUACGCGCCCACCUUGCGUUACCACCAGGGCCGGUGGUACAUGACCACGAGCUGCAAGUUUCGCGAGUCCCGCCUCACCGAGUUUGACAGUUGGAUCCACCCUCGUGGCUUCUAUGUGUGGACCGACAACAUCUGGGACGAGACCAAGUGGUCUGACCCUGUGUGGUAUGAUGUUUUGGGCAUUGACCAGGAUCUCUUUUUCGACGACGACGGCAAGGUGUACAUGCCAUGGGCUACCGGUAUCCCCAAUGAGCCUUUGCCGGAAGGCAAGGUUAAUCUCUCAAUCUGGAUUGUUGAGAUCGACCUCGAGACUGGUGAUUCUCUCAUGAAACCCAAGCUCCUCCGCCACAACACGACAACUGGAAACUGGGUUGCCGAAGGUCCGCAUAUCUUUAAGCGUGGUGACUGGUACUAUCUCCUUACCGCCGAAGGAGGUACCGAGACUGAGCACCAGGAGUGGAUCUCUCGCUCCAAGUCUGUUCUUGGUCCCUAUGAGGUGGGGCCAGUUGGUGUCAACCCCCUUGUCUACAACGCCCAGGACGAGCAUAUCAUGCAGACGGGCCACAUGGACAUGAUCGAGGGCCCUGAUGGCCGUUGGUGGGCGGUGUUCCUUGCGGUGCGACCUCAGGACGGUCGACUCAGCCAGCUUGGUCGCGAGACCUUCCUCUGCCCUGUCGAGUGGAAAGAUGACUGGCCGAUUGUCAACGGAGGCAAGAAGGUCACUGUUGAAGGCGAACCGGCUGCCGGCCUUCCCCGUGUCGCGAAUGAGGAGUCCUGGAGCUAUGGUUUCAAGCCAGAGAUGAACCUCACUCACGAAGGCUUCUUCUUCCUUCGAACACCUCAAAAGGCUUUCCAUUCUCUCACAUCUCACCCGGGCAGCCUCGCCCUCCGCGGCGGACCGUACACACUCCUCGAAGACGAGGCGGUUUCCAUGGUGCUCCGGAAGCAGACAGCCUUUAUCGGAGAGUGGAAGGUCAAGUUUGACUUCCAGCCCACGGCCCCCGGAGAGGCUGCAGGUGCAGCGGUCUGGUGGUCCAAGUGGUGCUACGGCGCGGUGAUGCUUCGGGGUACCGCAGAUGGUGGGGCCGAGUUGGUCUACCGCAUGCCAGACGAUGACAAGGGGAGCACAUAUUCCCCGCCAGCUCAACCACCGUGUCUGUCACCAUUCAGGCGCGACCCCGACCACUACACCUUUAUUGCUGGUGGUCAGGAGGUUGGUACACUGCCGGCCACCAAGCUUGUCCAGGCCAGGCCAUGGGAUUCCAUCUUCACUGGUACCUUCUUUGCCCUCUUCACCCACGGUGAGGAUGGCCGUGGCUGCCUCACGCCCGCUGUAUUCAGCGACUUUUCUUGGGUCGGUGUACGCGGCGACGAUUAG